CCUGGUCCCUCCCUCUAUGUGGUCCGCCUGAGUGGGUUCAGUUGUAACGGUUCUGCCAGGCGGAAUGUAGCUGUUUUUUUGUUUGUUUGUGUGUGUGUUUGUUUGUUUGUUUUUAGUGUGUAAUGCUGAGGUUCUGGUGCCGGAGGCGCGAUGCUGAGUGUGGACUCGCUUCAGGUAGCCGAAGAGGAGGUGGUGGAGUCGAGCUCCAGCCGUCUGGGCGACAUUUACACGCUGGUGGCUGAAGGCUGCUACCCGCACGCCAUGAACCCCAUCCGCAAGAAGAACCUGAAGCGAUACGCGCAGAAAUUCAUCAUCGACGACGGGCGGCUGUACUACGUGGGGAUGAAGAAGGAGGAGAAGCGUGAGGUGGUGAUCGACGCCGAGCGUAAGCGUCAGAUCUUCCUCGAGUGUCACUUUAACGAGCUCGGACAUCACCUGGGUCAGAAGAAGACGGUGCACCGCAUCCAGAGCAAAUACUACUGGCUGGGCAUCGUCAAGGACGUAGUGGACUGGAUCAAAGUGUGUGAGACAUGUCAGCACACAGAGCGGAGCAAAAACAUGGCGAGGACGCCGAGGCCACUAAAGGUCGACGGCCCCUGGGACACCGUUACAGUGGAAAUAAUGGGCCCGUUCCCCUGCACUACUCAUGGAGGAAACACUCACCUGGUCAUCAUCACAGAUUAUUACAGUAAGUGGGUGGAGGCAUUUCCUGUCCAGAAGAGAGACUUCCUUUGUGUGGCGAGAUGCAUUUCAUCAACUGUUUAUCGGUACGGUUCAGUAAAAACCAUACACUGCUCUCAGAGUGCCGACUUCUGUGGAGAGGUGAGCAAGCAGCUGAGUGAGCGCUGGAGUUUGCAGCUGAAGGUCCAGCACAACGCUCUGCUGGAGCGCACCAACACCCUGCUGAAGGACACCAUAACGCAGGUGGUGGCGGAGAAGCAAGGCGAGUGGGACGACUUCAUCGAUCCUAUCCUAGCGCUGUUCAGGACAUCAGUGAACCCGGCAACCAAGUUCACACCCUACUGCCUGAUGUUUAACCGCAAAGCCAGCAUGCCCGGUGAGAUGAAGCUGGAUUUACUGAGUUAUGAGCAAGAUGCAGGAAAUUAUUCCCUCAGCGAGGAGCCAGAUAACAGCUUCCUCUCCUCCGUUCAGGAGCAGCAAAAUCAACUCAACCAGAUGGUUUUUUCCAACAUGAACGCUGCCUACAAGCAGGAGAAGAAAAGCGCCAAACGGCGAGGCAGGAACGUGUCCUCCAUAACGCUGACCGUCACCGAGCCCUUGUGCCCCUCAGACGAUUCGCCUUCGCCCAAAAGACUGAAAGACGACCUGUUCCUGACGUUUCCCGUAGAGACGGUGAUCAGCGCUGUUCAGGUGGUCGCGGAGGACGGGAAGGACGGGCUGGAGUACGUGCUGCCGGGGCCUGACGUACACUGAAAUCCUGAUAACAGAUUUGGUCAAAUAUCUGACCUGAUCUUUGUCACACGGAGACGAAUUGGCGGUUUGUAGGAUGUACGUUGUUCCAGGAUGUCUGGUGUUACGAUUCUCUUAGUGUAACGACGCUUCUCUGGAGACUCGGCUGUUCACAGGUCUGUGCAUUUCCUUGAAGAUGAGUGAAGAUCGAAAAAGCGACUGACAGCAGUAGUCACUACAUCGCACGCUUAUAGAUCGGGGCUCAUAGCUACGAGCAGAAUGUUAUUUGUAAUAGUUGUGUUUUUGUAAAUAAUGAUGCAAUGAUUCAGUAAUGGCUGAAGGAUUUUUUUGUGUCUGAAUUUUCCCAGAAUCCUUAUUUCAUCAUGUUGGCUUUUAGAGUAAUAAACGCUAACAUAUCCGCA